GGUUUUUAGAAAUUUGAAGACUUUAAUAAUAAUAAUAAAAUUAAUGAGACAUUUCUAACAGUCACAUCUACACUGCUCUUUCCAUUCCAAGAAUCAAAACAGAAGCUGUUAUUUCUCCAAAUUUGAGUUUACCAGGAUUAGCAAGGUUUGGUUUUUUUAAUGAGGAAAAAUGAAAGGAACAUUUGUGGAACAGUGGGUUUUUUGAAGAAAUCUAUGGUGGGUAGAAAAAAUUGAAUGAUUCACAGUGGGUUGGGUUGCAUGGGGACACCAAAAAAAGAAAAUGGAAAUUUAAAAAAAAAAAAAUCAUUAAAUUUUCUUCAUAUUCAUAGUAGAUACUGAGAGUUCUGUCACCACUGCUCUGAUUGUUGUUAUUUCACAUAACUUUUGGAGUCUGCUCUCUCUCUGGACCCUCUAAUUAUCCCCCCCCCCCCCCCACCCUCUCCAGUAAUAAUUUCUUCUGCGUCUGUCUCUCUUCCUUCCCCAUCUUCCUCUUCAUUUCCCUACAUAACAUUUUUAACCCACCCACCCACCCUGCCUAGCCCCCUACCCCACUCCAAUGUAUGUAUGUGUUUGUAUAUUUGCUGUGAGUAGCACAUUACUGGUUCCAGUGUUGAGAGUCUUGGAUUAUAGUAUGAACUGUUUUAAGUAAAGACUCGAUUUUUAUUUUUUUUUGCCCUUUUUUUUGUAUGGUUAGUGGGGGGAGGGAUAGGCCAAGAAUCGUGUGAGGGGUGGUGGAAUGGCUGGCUCGGGAGGAGGAGGAGGCGGCGGCGGUGGGAGGGUGCCGUCGUUGCCGCCGCCGCGGCCGAAAUCGCCGCCGCAGUACCCGGAUUUGUACGGGAAGCGCCGCGAAUUGGCUCGAGUUCAGAUGCUUGAGCGGGAGAUUGGGUUUCUUGAGGAUGAAUUGAAAUUCGUUGAUCGCCUUCAUCCUGCGUCUCGAUCAUGUAAAGAGGUCACCGAUUUCGUUUUGGCCAACCCAGAUCCUCUUAUACCAACAAUCAAGAAGAAGAGCAGAUCUUCUCGUUUCUGGAAAUGGCUCUGCUGUGGGGUGUCGUGUUUCAGCACGUCAUGGAUUUGUUGUUGCCGGUGUCCCCGUGUCAAGAAGCCGUCGCAUUGCUGCAACUGUAAUCCGUGCGGUGGGUGCAGCGGGUGCUGCAACGGAUGCCCGUCCUGCGUCUGCUGCACGCCAUCCUGCCCGAGCUGUUCCCCGUCCUGCCCGAGCUGCAGCUGCAAGCCGUCGUGCUCUUGCCUCAGCUGCAAACCGUCGUGCUCCUGCCUCGCCUGUCCAAAAUCCUGCUGCCCAACGUCGUGCGUUUGCUGCCCGAAAUCAUGCUUCAGCUGCCCGAAAUCAUGCUUCAGCUGCCCAUCGUCGUCGUGCUUCAAAUGUACCCCCUCGCUGUCGUGCUUCAGGUGCUCGUUACCCAAGCCGCCUCGGCUGUGUUGCUGCUCGUGCCCCGAAUCCCAGUGCUGCGCGAAGAAGAAGUGCUCGUGCUCGUGCACCUGCGAUUGCAGUUGCACCCCGAAGUGCCCCUCGUGUUUUAAAUGUUCGGGCAACAAGUGUAGAUGCUGCGGUGUUCCGAGAUGUCCAAAGAUGAAUUGCUCUGGCUGUACAAAAACCUGUUGUUGCUGCUGCUGCAAUCCUUGCUACUUGUGUUUUUAGUAUAUGGUUCCAAAUAAUUUCCACAUUGUUACAUAUCCAUUAUUAUUACUCUGUAUUGUUUAGAGAUUUUGACUGUUAAAUCAAUUAUUGUUUGAAAGCAAGUUUUUUUCUUUUUCUUCUUAUGUUGCUUUGUAUAUCAAUAUAAACAAAGGUAUAUUCAAGUUA